AUGGGCCGUUUCGUGACGGAAUCACAAUGGGUUCCAUGGUACCGUCGCCAUGCCCCGCCCGCAUUUUGCUUCCCGUGUCUCCCAGCCUACAUGGGUGUGUGGAAGGCCAGGAAAGGAAUCCUAUUCGCCGGUGUGCUCUGCUUUUGUCUGGGAGCUAUGUUGAUUUUCGCGUCACUGUUGGUUUGCGUGGCGGUGGAAUGUGGUGGGCUUGGUGCGAUUCUAUUCCCGAUUGGGCUGCUGCUGCUUAUUGUUGGUAUCCUGUUGAUUCACUGCGGAUGGGCGGCACAUCUUCUGGACGAUCAGGGGCAUAUGCCAGUGAAAAAAACGAUCGUCACCACAACGACGACCUACCACAGCGAGUCUGACCCUACAGAAGAUGAUGAGAGGGAACUGGGUGAUGCAUACAAGCCACCGUUGCCAGAGGUUCGACAAGGAUUCUGGCAAUUUGAUGAGGAAAAGAGCUGGCAAGCCGCCUCUAAUCCCUACCCAAUCCAAAGCACCCUAAAAUACUGUCUCGAUCGGCCACCCUAU